GUUGAAACUUGCGUGUAAUAACAAGUCAUCAAAUAAUAAAUGCACGCACACACACACACACACACACUCUUAUAGAUUAAUUCAUUAUCUCAAAUUCUCAAGUCUAUAUAAUCGUGUGCAUGAAUGACAAAAAAGGUUGAGUUGGUAUAUUCAUCAUCCCAAAUUUAAUGAAUUUUUCGCUAUACAUUUGAGGGCUCCAUAUGAUCUCAGUGAGCAACUACUUCUUCCUCAAUCUGCGCCAUCAUUUGAUCAAACUCAUCUUCUAUUCUUAGUACUUCAGUUAAUUAAAGAAAAAAAGUAGGUCAAAUUCAAAGGGCAAAGAACAGGCCAAAAGAAGAAGAAGAAGAAGAAAAUGGACAAGUAUGAAGUGGUGAAGGAUCUUGGAGCUGGGAAUUUUGGGGUGGCAAGGCUUAUGAGGAACAAGCAAACCAAAGAAUUGGUCGCCAUGAAAUACAUCGAGCGUGGUCGCAAGAUUGAUGAAAAUGUUGCAAGAGAAAUCAUUAAUCACAGAUCUCUUCUACACCCAAACAUUAUUAGAUUCAAAGAGGUAAUAUUGACUCCAACGCAUCUGGGAAUAGUGAUGGAGUAUGCAGCAGGAGGGGAACUCUUUGAUCGAAUCUGCCAAGCUGGUAGAUUUAGUGAAGAUGAGGCAAGGUAUUUCUUUCAGCAGUUGAUAUCCGGAGUCUGCUACUGCCAUACCAUGCAAAUCUGCCAUAGGGAUUUGAAACUGGAAAAUACACUCCUAGAUUCGAGUCCAGCUCCCCGUCUCAAAAUUUGCGAUUUCGGUUACUCCAAGUCGUCGGUGUUACACUCCCGACCCAAAUCUACGGUGGGAACUCCGGCUUAUAUUGCACCGGAGGUUCUCUCACGUCGUGAAUAUGAUGGCAAGAUGGCAGAUGUUUGGUCAUGUGGGGUGACUCUUUAUGUGAUGUUGGUGGGAGCAUACCCUUUUGAAGAUCCUGAUGAUCCUAAGAAUUUCAGGAAAACAAUUGCUAAAAUAAUGGCAGUUCAAUACAAAAUUCCAGACUAUGUACAUAUAUCUCAAGAUUGCAGAAACCUUCUUUCUCGUAUUUUCACUACAACUCCAGCUAGGAGGAUCUCAAUAAAAGAGAUUAAAAGCCAUCCAUGGUUCUUGAAAAACUUACCAAGGGAACUUACAGAAGCUGCACAAAGUAUAUAUUACCAAAAAAACAACCCAAACUUCUCACUCCAAAGUAUUGAAGAAAUAAUGCAAAUUGUUGGAGAAGCAAGAAAUCUUCCGCCUCCGUCUUCAAAACCCGUCGGGGGGUUUGGCUGGGGAACAGAGGAUGAUGAAGAAGUACUAGAAGAGGAACUGGCAGAAGAAGACGAAGAUGAAUAUGAGAAGCACGUUAGGACGGUCCAUGAAAGCGGAGAAUUUCAUAUCAAUGUUUGAUAUACUUCAUUUGACAAAUAGAUUACUUGUGUUAAUUAAGUUCUUUCUGAAUGUUUGAUAUUGUAAGUUAUGUAAUGUUAUAUUGGGUUGGGUUGACUUAUGGAUCAUGAAAUUUAUUAAUUUCAUAAUAUUAAGAGAAGGAGAAGG